UUCGAUUGAUUGGGUGAUUAGAUUUAUCAUAGAUUUAGGUCUAAAUAAUUUGUACAAAUUUUAUUCUAAUUUGAUGGAUUAUAUUAUGUUGUCCGUGAUUAAUUUUUCCAUCAUUUGCCUCGGGCUCUGAUGCUUGAUAUCGCAGCAUCAUAAACCUCUAAAAGGGUAACACGUGGAAAAAUAAUGACAAUGUUUGAAUGUCAAAUGGGUCCAAUUUUUACUUGUAGGGAUUUCCCUGUCUGACCACCUGUUUCACGUGAAUGUCAGCUCAAUUAAUAACGUGUACAUGGACGUGUGAAAUCACCACUGCCAUAUACAUAAAACUUUGGCAUCUCUGAGUGUACAAGACCUAUAGCUGUGACGAUAUGAACUUUAACAGGACACUCAACAUUUCCACGGAUGGGCAUUACAAUGAGACUUCUGGACAGGCUACAGGCGUCUGCCUCCACUCGACUUUGUGUCUGGGAUUUUACAUUGCCUGUUUCACCGUAGGAACGACCGGUAUGGUGGCAAACGGAAUGGUGUUGAUUGUUGUUGGCAAGGAUAAACGUCUCCACACCGUAACAUAUGUCUCCAUUUCGUGUCUGGCUUUGGCCGACUUUGUAUAUACAACAUCCAGAUUUGCUCGGGACAACAUGAGGUUAUGGUAUUUGGAAGGAAGAGACGAUUUCAGUGUGAAUUUUUCCCGCGUUACUGAUAUGUUCAGUUUGUCAGGCGCAUGCGCAUCAAUUCUUCACAUUGUAUUAUUGUCACUGUUACGAUACUUCAUGGUGGUGUAUCCCCUCGAGAGCCAUGUCUGGUUGACCAUCAGAAGAGUCAUAUCAAUAUCUGCAGGAGCAUGGAUAUUGGCAAUUGCCAUAGGAUCUUUUUAUGUAUACGCCGUUGUCAUCAAUGGACGAGCGAACCUCCAGCUCGCAAAAGUCACAAAUAUAGCAGUAACCAGCGCCAUGUCGGUGCUGCCUAUAGUCCUUAUUGUGAUCCUUCAUACAUUGAAGGCCCGAACGUUAUUGCAGUCUUUGGCUGCCUGUCGAAAGUCCACCGUCCGCCGGAUGUCCCGUAUUGUAACUCUAAUCAUCACUGCUUUCAUUGUGACCACACUACCCAGCAGUAUAGCGGACUGUAUCAAAAUUGCUUACUUGGAAUCGAGGAUUUCUGUGAUCAAUCUUACGUGGCUUGCUAUUCUUCAAUACGUUGGUCGUCUAGGUUUAUACAUUAACUUUACAAUCAAUCCAUUUAUUUAUAUUUUAAGUUCUCCACAGUUCAGGAAAGCUCUGAUAUCGUGUUGUAGACCUCACAGACAUGUUUAUGGAGUAUCUACUACAAGUUACGAGACAAGCUAAAAUUACUGUGCCUUUUCCACUUGGCUCUUGUAACAACGCGAUGCAAAAUAGUGCUGACUUGAGUUUUAAGCAUCUACCACACUUUGUUACAUUUUGGGGUACCUGAAGAUUGACUUGGAAGCAAUUUUUUUUUUAUUAAAAAAAGAAUUAAAAAAGAGGGAAAACUGGAAAGGAAACUAUAAAAUAGCAUAUCUGUUUCAAAUCAUUAAG